GCCGCCGUGCCCGCUUGGCCGCAUUUUCUUUGACUCCAUUGUUGAAGCAGCAGCAGCAACCUCCAAUCCACGCCGCCUCAUCAGCACUCGCAACGGAAGUCCAAAAAACGUCGUCGACAGGCCCAAACACACAGACAACAAAUAUCACACAGAUACACACAUAUACAGACAUAAGCCGCAAACCAUGCCCGCCACGACGACCCUCUUCCGCGCCGCGCGCCCCGUCUUCCAGUCCGGCAGCGCCAAUGCCUCGCGCGCCACCUUCCGGGCCGCGACCAUGCGCAACACGGCCGGCCGCCGCUUCCAGAGCACGAGCAGCUCGGCCGCCGGCGAGGGCACAGCCCAGCAGCAGCAGAGCUGGUUCCAGCGCAUGUGGGCCAGCCCGGUUGGCCUCAAGACCGUCCACUUCUGGGCUCCCGUCAUGAAAUGGGCCCUCGUCCUCGCCGGUGUCUCCGACUUUGCCCGCCCCGCCGAGAAGCUGUCCCUCACGCAGAACGGCGCCCUCACCGCGACGGGUAUCAUCUGGACCCGCUGGUGCUUCGUCAUCACCCCGCAGAACUACCUCCUCGCCGCCGUCAACUUCUUCCUCGGCAUGGUCGGCAUCACCCAGUGCACCCGCAUCCUCAUGUGGCGCAUGAACCAAAAGGACAACGAGACCGCCCUGGACAAGGUCGAGGGCAAGGCCGCCGAGGUCGUCGACAAGGCCAAGAAGGCCGUCAACUAAGAAGCCGAGGGGGGGACUUCCAUGAGAGAGGGGUUGCAGGAUGUGUGCGCGGCGAGGAUGUCGGAAAACCGGGCGGGGUCUUUGGAAAGAAAUGAGGCUGAGAGACUUUUAUCAGUGAGCGGCAGCAGGCCGAUUGUAGAUGGAUGAGCGGCCGCGACCAAGGAGACCAAAGCUCCAGAUCGAGACGGAGGGCCUCGUUGGUCGUGGCGCCGUCGGGGAGACACCGUAGGGGAAGUGGAGGAUGCAUCAGCCUCAGGUGGUUAGAGGCUGUGGAGAGAUUCUGUACCACCAACAUCCGCCAGGACGCGGUAGACACACCCAGACAUAUGAAGGGAGACAUCUGGACGACGACCCACGUAUUGGUCACGGGCAAGGUAAUACCACGGGCGGUGCCGCCUUCCGCAAGUAUACCCUUUUUAUAGUGUACACACAACAGGAUAAAGGAUUCAUGCCUACAAACAGAGCGUUCGGCAAAG